UUCCGAUCACAAUUAGCUCAGAGAAUCGAGGGCCCUUUUAGCGUCGGCCUUGGUCUCUCUGUGAUCGUUUACUUUCAAAUCGGAUAAACGCCUCACCUGAGAUGUCUAGCUCAGGCCAAACACAGUUCCGCUACACGCAGACGCCGUCGAAGGUGGUCCACUUGGGGAAUCUCCCAUGGGAAUGCGUCGAAGAGGAGCUCAUCGACCUAUGCAAACGAUUCGGCGAGAUCGUCAAUACCAAGACCAAUGUCGGGGCCAAUCGCAACCAAGCCUUCGUCGAAUUUCCUGCUUUGGGUGCUGAUGGAAAGAAGGUAGAAACUCAGAGCAACGUCAUGCUCGCUUUGAUUGAGAAGAUGCAGUAUGCUGUCACUGUGGAUGUUCUUCACACGGUGAGGAACAACAGUAACACAAACAUAUGUCUGCUUCUCAGCAUGCUUUAAUCUCUCGGAAUUAAUCGAAUAUAUUCUGAGGGGUCAAGCAGACGCAGGAUUUCCCCUUUUUGAGUCUGAGUCACUGAAGUGGCCAGGUUUUGUAGAGUUUGAUGAUGUUAAUGGGAAGGUGCUGACAUAUUCUGCACAGGACAGUGUUUACAAGGUGUUUGAUCUGAAAAAACUAUGCCAUGCUGUAUUCGAUAUCAGACAAAAAUGUCCAGGAAAUUAAGAUCAGUCCAGGGAUAAUGUUAUUGUUUUAUAAGAGAGCUAUAAGUAAUGUUCUCAUCUACAUACGCUGCUCGCUGUCACUGUGGAUGUUCUUCACACAAGCCUUAAUUCAAUACUCUGAUAGCAACGGCGACAAUAGCAAAAGAAGCACCGGACGGACAAUAGCAAUAAAUGACGGUGGCUACUGUAAACUACGUCCUCAAGCCACCUCCAUACUCUCUGGUAUGAUUUCUUUCUUCAAAUCAUUUUGUUUUGGUUGGGUUAUUAAUUUUUGCUUCUUGAUUAGCUGAUAUAAUAAUAAAUACAUAUUUUUGCUUCUUGAUUAGGUGAUACGAUAAUAAAACUUUUAUUUUUUAAAAUUAUUAGAUAAUGGUAAUUUUUUUACUAAAAAAACUUUAACUAAUAAAAAUAUGUUUUUCAC